GGUUAACAUGUUGUUACAUGUGAAAUGUCCAUUUCAAUUAAUUAUUGUCUAUAAGUAAUUAAUCAGAUCAAUCAUUGCAUAGUAGUAUAAUUCAAUUCCAUACAAUUUUGUUGUUGUUGUCGUCGUCGUCGUCGUCGUUGUCGUUGUCCUUGCUUGUUGUUGUCACCGUCAUCGUUGUCCUUGUUUGUCGUUGUCAUCAUCGUUAUUGUCGUCGUCGUCGUCGUCGUAACUUGUUUGUUUGUUAUCAGUUUCCUAUCUCUUCUAAAUAUUUUUCCUAUAUAUGUUUUCAUAUUGCUUUGAACAAAAUAAAAAUUCUCAAUUUAUUCAUAUUUUUAAUGAUUAUCAAUUGAAUAAUAAAAUUUUAUUUUCAUCAUUAAUUAUCAUUAUGUUAAUAACAUGGAGUAUAUUCUAUGUAAUUAUUCCUAAUACUACUAGUAAUACUACUACUACUAAUAAUAAUAAUGGAAUAGAUCCAUUCAAUACAAAUAAUUCUUUGGAAAAGAAAAUUCACAUUGUGAUCUUAUUUGAUGGUGAUCGAGGUCUACAAUAUUUGAAUAGUCUUCUUAAAUCUAUAUUUUAUCAUCAAAAUGGAAGAUUUCGAUGUGAUUUAAAAGCUUGUUGUCUAUCAAACUUUUGUGAUCGAUUUAUGAAUGAUUGUCAAACUGUUAUGAACAAUGUUUCAACAACAUAUACAACUGUAUUUCAUUUCUUAAUAACGACGAUUUCAUUAAAUAGACAGUUGUUGAAUUUGAUGAAUACAUGGAAAUUACAUAAUAUGGAAUAUCAUUUUUACAGUUGUGGUAAUCAACUGACAGAUAUUUGGUGGAUUCAAUCUAGGCAUCCUUCAGGUGCCAAACCAUUUUUAAAAUUGAUGAUUACAGAAAUUCUUCCAUCUACAAUCAAUAAAGUAAUUGUACUAGACAUUGAUAUACUACUUAAUACAGAUAUUAUUGAAUUAUGGAAUCAUUUUGAUUAUUUUAAAGAAACUCAGGGUUACGGAUAUAAUAAUGGUGUUCUGUUACUUCAUCUGUCUAAAUUACGAUCAACCAAUUGGAAUCAUCUAUGGUUAAGUAUAACUAGAAGAGCUAUUAAACGUCAAGGUUACUUAAUCACUGGUGAACAGGAUAUUUUAAACUUAAUAUUAUUUGAAUUCAAAUACAUUUUAUAUGAGAUUCCAUGUGAAUGGAAUAUUCAAUUAAGUUCAGGAAGUGAUGAACAACGAUGUCCUGUAAGUUGGUUAACUUAUACAGAAUUGAAAAAGCGUAAUUAUACAACAAUGGUUAAACAACCAAAACUUAUUCAUAUUAAUCAUCAUAUAAAACCAGAUGAUAUAAAUGUGAAUUAUACACCGACUGAGUACAUUGAUCAAUCAGAUAUCAUUCUUAAACAGUGGGAACUAUAUGAUAAAUUCGUGUCAGUUUACCGUCAAUAUACUCAAUUACAUGAAUCAUGUUUCCGAUAG